AUGAGAGUGUGUCUUUCGGAUCUGACAUCAUGUGGCUGCUGUCUGAUGCAGAAGCAGGUGGAGAGGAUGGAGAGCUUCUUUAACAUUACCGUUAACGCAAUGAGCAAGGAGAUGAAAAAAUCAAAAACAGCCCUCAACAAUAUUAGAGAAAGCCGCAGUGCCUUCUCUGUCGCUCUCAACAACGCCAGACAAUUGAGCUGCUUUGGCCCUUUCAGCAACAAAACCGUGGUCAUCUACAAAAAUGUCUUCAUCAAUCUGGGUGAUAGCUACAAUGUGCAGACCGGUAUCUUCACUGUUCCACGCUCUGGUGUCUACAGCGUUGCCCUCACUACCUACAGUAAAGCUGUUUCUCCUUUAACCACCUUGGCCGUCUGUGCUGAACUGCAGGUGAACGGCCAGGUGGUGGCAGGAACAAGAGACAUAAAUAAUGAAGACCUAGAGGACAGUGAAACUUUUGUUGUGGCCAUCCAACUGAAGGCUGGGGACAAGAUGGCUGUCAACCUGCCCAUUGGAUGUUCCCUCUGCGAUGACAGCAGCCACUAUAACACAUUCACUGGUUUCCUGCUGUAUGCUACUGACUAA